AAAAAAAAAUUAUUAGUUUUAUUCUUUUGGAUUCCAGAAUUUGACGGAAAAUAGAAGCGUCGAGUUCCUCUCCCUCAGGUUGUCAAUGGCGGCUAGGUUACUUGCUUUGAGACGCGCUUUGUCUCUUUUCAGUAACCAACAACAUCGAAUUCCUUUGUCUCAAGUCUCAACAGAGCAGUUGUCGCUAUCAAACUCACUCUUUGGCAGAAAUCAUGUGUAUGGAAGAUUAUUUCAGAGACAAUUAUCUGUAAUCCGUGAGGCAAAUGAAGCUCCAGUAACCAAUGUCUGCAAGUCUUCAAACUCUGCUACUGAAACGGCCAAUGUUCCCUCCCCUGCGACGGCCUCUGAGGAAAUGAUGGUGAAGUACAAGUCCCAGUUAAAAAUAAACCCGCGGCAUGAUUUCAUGAUGGUCUUCACUUGCAAGGUCUGUGAUACAAGAUCUAUGAAGAUGGCGAGCCGAGAAUCAUAUGAAAACGGCGUUGUGAUGGUACGAUGUGGAGGGUGUGAUAAUCUUCAUUUGAUUGCCGACCGUCGUGGUUGGUUUGGAGAACCAGGAAGUGUGGAGGACUUUCUUGCUUCUCAAGGGGAAGAAUUCAAGAGAGGAUCCAUGGAUUCUCUUAACCUUACACCUGAAGAUUUAGCUGGAGGAAAGAUGUCUACUGAAUAAAGAGAGCUCUUUUUUGCUUUUGCUACUUGACCAUUAUGGAACCGAACUUCACCUUAUGUUCCAAUAUUAUUAUGUUUCUUGUAGAUCACUGUUUGGUAAUAUUUCCAAUGCUGAAGAUGUUUGAUACAAUUAUGUGUUUGCAAUGUUCCAUAUGAA